UGAGGGAAAGAGGUGGAGUGUUUGCGGGUGUGAGGUGAGGUGGAGGCCGACGGUUGGCCACCUGCGAGAUCCGGCCUCUCCUGGCGAUGCUGGUCUGGGCAUUCCUCGCUUUUCGGUGGCCGGGGUAGGGUUAGGGUGGGCCUGGUAACCAGAAGCCGGGUCCACAGUGGUCAGGCCUCGGACCCCCAGCUGCCCGGCCUCCGUGAGGGCCAACUUUACCUUUUCUUUUUUUUUUUUUUAAUUAGUUAAUUAAUUAAUUUAUUUAUGGCUGUGUUGGGUCUUCGUUUCUGUAUGAGGGCUUUCCCCAGUUGCGGCGAGCCGGGGCCACACUUCAUCGCGAUGCGCGGGCGUCUCACUGUCGCGGCCUCUCUUGUUGCGGAGCACAGGCUCCGGACGCGCAGGCUCAGUAGUUGUGGCUCACGGGCCCAGCCGCUCCGCGGCAUGUGGGAUCUUCCCAGACCAGGGGUCGAACCCGUGUCCCCUGCAUCGGCAGGCGGACUCUCAACCACUGCGCCACUAGGGAAGCCCUACCUUUUCUUAUCUCAGAAAAAUCUUACGCAGAUUAUUUAACCGAAUUAUCCCCCAACAGAUCCAGGUAGAUCUUCUCAGUUCCUGUUAAGGACAGAGGGACCUCGACAACUUCUCUGGCCCAGACUGGGUUUGGCCUGUCUGGCCCCCUAGGCUGGAAGGAAUUGACCUGUGGCGGCGACUCCUGCCUCCCCAAGACCCCAGGCGUCCCCCGAAGGGCGCCCCACCCCUUGAAGUGUUCCCCGGUGGCCGCUCUAAAGUCCUCCGAUGACCCUGCAGGGCCCCACGUGUCACCUCGAAAAUCCUGCAUUGUCCCUAGAAGGGUCCCAGCUUGGAGGGAGGGGGCUUCACACAGGCUGCCCCAUCUUAGAGACUAGAGGGGGGCGGCCCAGGUGCUCUCAGGCCCCGGACAGAAGAUAGGCAGUUCCCCCUCUGCUCUCUGCCAUAUGGAGGAGUUUAACUUCUUAACUCGGCCGUAGCCCAAGGUAGCCAUGACUCCCACCCUGUGUCCCCUUGGGGCCCACGUGACCCCUGGGGCAGCCAGAUGGGCCCAGGUGGGGGUGGGGUGGCCUCAGCCAAGGCCACUGGGUCUGUACCCAGAGGCAGGAACUGCUUGUAAUGACGAGAUUUGCUCUUGCUUUCAGAUUUCUCUAGGGAGGGAUAAAAUGAGUAAGAGGAAGAAGCUUCGGACCUCAGGCUCUAAAUUGCUUUCAAUGCUGGGAAAGGUAUCGUAGGGAUACAACAGGGACCAAGAGGCAGCAGAGAAGUCACCUCCUUAGCACUCGAUGACUCUGGGUCCCAGUUUUCCCAGGAUGGAUAUUCUGCAAGCAUCAUGGAAAACCAGAAUGGAGGGGAAGGAAUCCGUCCUCCAAAACUUCCAAAGAACCCAAGGUUAGGAGACUCUGACGGGGACCCCCAGAGUUCCAAGUUGGGCCAUUGGCAUCACCCUGAAGAGACAGAAAGCAGAUCAGGACCCGCUCCCUCUGCAGAGCAGAGCCCGGAGGCACCAGGGCAGGCAGCUUCCAGCUCUCCUUAUGAGGAAGUAGGAACUCCCUCCAGGCUCCUCGGGCAGCCAGAAAAAGAGCCAGUUCGCCUUCCUCCUUCCCAGAACUCAGUCGGGAGGUUUGUCCCCCAGUUUACAAAACCCAGGAAGACAGUGACAGGACGAGCAGAGAGGAGGGAAGAGGACCCCAGGAGUGGGGCCUUCAGCUUGGAAACGCUGCCAGAACCCAGUGCCCAGCAGGCCAGAAGCCAGCCUCGAGAGGAGUCCCCAGGGCUUGCCUUCCAGGAGACCAGGGACCCAGGAGACCAGACCCAGGCAGACAGCGCCUGCCCCGAGCCCAGCGGCCAAAACCCUGUGACGCCGGUGCCUGGCGAUGGGGAUCCUCAGCCCUUGGCCUCCAGCAUUGCCUCUCUGGAGUGGGGGACAGUACCCUCGGCCUCAGAGAGGGACAGCCAGGACCACCUGUCAAAGCAUGGGACCAACGUGCCAGAUGGUGGAAGCACGGAGGAGGGUUGGCUUCCAGGUGAUCAUGGCCAGAAAGGGGACCUGCCAGGCAGUGAUGCUGAAGAGGAGCCAGACCAAGGAGCCCCUCAGGAGGGAGGUGCCCGAGGGGAAGCAGGAGCUGAGCUGCCUGAGGAGUGCCAGGAGGAAGAAGAUGGCAUCCUGGGCCCAGAGCCCAGAUCUGCAGCCCAGGGCCCAUCUGGGCCUCUGCAGACGCCCAGCUGGACUGGCGGGGGAGCAGAGGGGAGCUAUAGCAGCCCAAGGUGCUCCCGCCUUGGGGCUGUUGUCAUCGCAGGUGUGAGCACAGACGCCACGGAUCCAGAACAGAGGGCUCUGGGGGUGGCUGGGCCAGACGGGACAGUCAACGCCAGGGUGACUGCCUCUCCCAGUGGGAAGGCUCCUGAUGGAGGCCACAGCAGGGCCCUGCUCGGGUGCAUGCCUCUCAAUGGGGAGACCACAGGAGGCAGAGAGGAGGCAAGGCGGGAAGACAAGCCCCCUGAUGAUGUCCCGGGGGGCCUUGCAGCCUCCCUGGCUCCGGCUCACGAGAUCCAAGAGCCCACAAUAGGUGCUGGGGAUUCCAGCCCUUUAGCCUUGCAAAUGGGUCCAGGUGUGGGUCAGACACAGGUACCAGGCCCGGAUCAAGAAGGGCUGGGAGGUAUGUGCUUGUUGCCUUUGCUAUCACAACCUGUGGCUAAAAAGGCAGCUGAGUUAGGGAGCCAGAGCCACAAACAAGACCUCAAGGGGCGCGGUUUGUCCCUCGGAGCCUGUGCUCCACCAGCGUACAGAGAAGCAGUGGACGACCCUCCCCAGGAUGCUGGGGCACGUCAGGGCAGCCCAGAGGCCCACACAAGCCCGGCAGGCCAGCCUGAGCACCCUGCUGACUCUUCAGAGCAGGCUGUCUGGGAGGGGUCCUCAGCCAUGGAACUCUACUUCCUGCCGGACAGCCAGACACAGGAUGCCCUGGAAGCCCCUGGUUUUGAAGCCCCACCUGAACAGUUGUCUCCUGCAGGGAGCGGGCUGGACCCUUGCUGGCCUGGCACCAGCCCACGUGCCGAUGGAGGCUCCCUUGCUGAGGCCCAGCCAAGGACCCGAAUGGGGAUCAAGACCUGCGAAGCCGCCAGGAUGGAGGAUGCAACAGACACCGUGCGAGGCCUCGUCAUCGAGCUCUCCAACCUGAACCGGCUGAUCAUGAGCGCCCACCGGGACCUGGAGGCCUUCAAGCGCCUCAACUACUACCAGAAAGCAAAGCCGGCAGGGAAGGCCCCUGCAGCCUACACACCAAAGGGGGCUGGGAAUCUCCCUCGAGGGGAGCAGUCCUGGAGGGACUCGUAGGUGUGUGUGCUCGUACAAGCUCACCGGCCCCCAGAAGUGCCUGAUGUUCCCGCCAGACAGCUGGAAACAAUCCCUCAGCAGACUCCGGAAAGCCUGCUGGCCCCUGUGUGCCCCCUGUUAUUUUGUUACCAUCUGAGAUGCUCCAGCAAGUCCUGGUGGGCCCCAGAAACCUCCCCUCAGCUGACCUGGAAGUCAACUUCCUAUGGGAAACAGAAAAGGCCCUGCCGGCCUCAGCAGCCUCCCUCAGGGGGUCGUGUGGGGGAGGGAACCUGCUCCUCCCGGUGGCAGAGGCCUGGAAGCUGGAGGCAGAGAGGGGGGCUGGGGCCCCAGGAAGCUGUGGGGGGGGCCCUGCAGAGCCGCCCAGAUGUUUAUCUGGGUUUGCAAAUUUCAGCUCCUUAGCGGAGGUUAUGGAAGGUUCAGAAUUUGUUUCUUUCCUGGAGGGGAAAAG